ACAUUAAACAGCUUAGAUAUGUUUUAUGGUGUUAUAUGUUUAUCUAAGAUUGUUAUCUUUUUCAAAUAAAUAUAUCUGAAUUUAUUGCGCGUGACAGUUGUUCUUUUCUGGUCGACACCCAUAUGUCCGGUAUUACGGUAAAAAAAAAAAAUCGUAUUACGAACACAGUAUUCUGACCAAUCACUGGUCUUUUGAUAGCCGGCUGACAGGACAGGUGUUUGUAUGACAGCCGUUUACAGGAAAUCAGUGGUUACUCUUGACUUGAAGGGGCUUCGAAACAGAAAAUAACGUCUGACGGAAACGUUGUAUAUCAAACUCUCUACCCACGGAGUUGAAAUUGUGGGUUUUGCGAGAUGAGUGCUCUGACUUUGCAGUCAGCAAGCCUGGCCCCAGGAGUGCAGAAGCAGCAGCAGGCAACAUGUGGGAGAAGUUUGACUUCAAAUUAUUCUCCCCCAAGUCUGGAGAAUAAGUUCUUAGCUCAAACCUCCACAAUAAUGCCCCAGCUUUCCUCCCCACUCAUAGAUUUUGCAGCACAGCCUUCCUCUUGCUCCUCUCUCCAACCCUCCAAACUAUCUUCCACCUCAUCCUCCCUUCUCUCCACCUCUUCCUUCGCAGCCUCCUUCACUUCUCCCCUCCUAAGCACCCAGAACAAGCUCCUAGACAGUAACUUAUCUCAUCAUUCUUUUUCCUUGACCUCCUCAGUCCCUAAUGACUCUUUGCUCCCCACAUCCCUGGCCAGUGGUGCUCUACUCACUAACUUUGCUCAAACUCCUUCAUUCUUCCACCAUCAUCUCAUGAGUAAAGAAGAGAAAAGGAAUGAUGGAGGGGAUCCAGAUGAUAGAUAUGAGAUAUCUGAAGUGAUGCCUUUCAGUUUUGAAGAAACAAGUGUGAUUUCUGAGGAUGAAGAUAAUGAGGCUGACGAAAUUGAUGCUGAGAAAACUAUGGACUUGCCUGUACUGGAAACAGAGUUGAUGGAACAAGAAUUUGAACAAACCGAGGUUGUCAGACAGGAGGAAUUUGGAGAGGUCGAAAGAGGAAACGAGAAGGCCGAAGAGGAGCUGAAAGACAAAAAGUAUUUCCUCUUGAACAUUGUGUGUUGCUCUCUGGUCAAUGAGAGCACAGCUCCAGGCCAGAAGGACUGGGACUCAGAGGACAGUGUUUGGACCAGAAUCACAAACCUGGCAAAGGAUAUUUCUGCCUAUGACCCACAGUUUCUUCUGAAGGUGGCACUUUACACUCGACAGAAGCUAAAUAUUCGGAUCACUGCGAACUUCUUAUUGGCUCUGGCUGCCAACCUGCCGCCCACCAAGCCACAUGUCCGCAGAUACUUCUGUGCUGCUGUACAGCUGCCGUCUGAUUGGCUGGAAAUAGUCAGAAUCUACAGUACAUGCUUCAGCCGCUCUCUGCCGAUGUGCCUGAAGAAGGCGAUGGCUGACAAGUUCAAGCAGUUCAGCGAGUAUCAGCUGGCCAAAUACAACACACGCAAGCACCGCUGUAAGCACAACCGCAACAAGCGCAAAGCAAAGAAGCCAACCGAUAAACAGAUCAAGGAGUGGGCGGACUUGGUCAGAUCAAAUGCAUCAAUUCUAAAGAACUUUUUGCAGUUAAAGGUGGUGGAUAAGAAGCAGAGCGAGUUCAGCAUAAAGAAGAUGAUCAAGAGGCUUCACAUCAAAGAACCGGCUGAACACGUUAUGGCCAUUCUGGGGAAAAAGUAUCCAGCUGAUGUGAAGGCAUUCACACACAGUGGAAUGAAAGGCGUGUGGGACAGGGAGAGAGCUGGGCAGCGAAUGAAACUUAAGGAGCCGCAGACGUGGGAACGGCUGCUCAGUAUGGAGGGCAACAAGGCCGCCACCUGGGAGAAGCUCAUAGACACCAAGUCUCUUCCAUUCAUGGCCAUGCUGAGAAAUCUGAGGAACAUGAUUACUAAGGGCAUCAGUGAGGCUCAUCACAACAAGAUCCUCAGCAGACUGACCAAUGAGAAAGCAGUUAUUCAGAGCCGACAGUUUCCUUUUAGAUUCCUUGCUGCCUACAAAGUCAUCAUGGAGCUCUACGCUAUGGCCUCUGCAGUACAGCAACAACUACCCUCUGCCAACAAGAUCCUGAUGGACAUCCUGAAGAAGAUUCCCAAAAGCCAGCGCUUAAAGCGGCUGACGUGGGAAACGACUAAAAAGAGCAGGAUCAGGCUGACACUCAGGGUGCCGUUUAUCUCUCGAAUGUAUAGAAUGAAGAAGGCCCAGCUCAUAAAAGCCAAUCAGAGGAACUACACUGUUGCACUGUUGGACCGUUACCGUAAAGCUCUGGAAACUGCCGUUCAGAUCUCCUGUCGUCACAACGUGCCUCCGCUCCCUGGACGGACACUCAUCCUGCUCUCUCCGGGCAUCUAUUACGAUCAGUCUGCGAUCAAGAAACUGGACUUCUGCCUGCCUCCUGACCCAGAGGAACAAGAAAAUGAAGAAAAAGAGGCAGAAAACCCAAAACCGAAAGGCAGGAAGACGAAUAUCGAGGAUCAUGACAAACUCACUCCAAGUAAGAUAGAGGUUGCAGUUUUGCUCGCUCUGAUGAUCUCCAGCAGUACAGAGGAUUGUGAGUUGUGCAUAACUUAUUCCAAUCAGUGGGAAGAAGCAAAGCUGAAGUCUGAUGUCCUGUUGGAAAAUGUCAGAAGUGUGCUCAAGCAAAUAAAGAACAUUUAUGAAGACAACUCUGAAGAAUGUGACACAGCUUACUUUGACAGAAUAUUAAAGAGCAAAAAGGUGAGCAACAUCAUCGUGCUGUCUGAGUCCUGGAUAAGUACAGAAGUCCGCUUUGCCAUCAGGAACUACAGGACGGAAAUAAACAGCAGUUCCCUUGUAGUGCACAUUUGUUCAGAUAGUGAUGGAAACUCAGAAACCCUCGACAGGAACCACGUAGUGCUGACAGGCUUCAGUGAGCAGGUGCUGAGGUUUGUGGCAGAGAGAGGAUCUUCCAGGCUGCUCGAUCACGUGGAGCAUUUAGACAAAUUAUAUAACAUUCCUCCACCAGAGGGGGGUCAACACUCUCAGACCACGAGCAAUGUGGUCUCAAUACCGACAAGCCCAAAAUUAAGAUGGCAAGGUGUGCGGGUGUUCAUCUCCUCCACGUUCAGAGACAUGCACUCUGAACGCGACAUCUUGGUGCGCAGCGUCUUCCCAGAGCUACGCCGGCGCGCUGCACCACACUGCCUCUACUUGCAAGAGGUAGAACUGCGUUGGGGUGUGACAGAGGAGGAGUCUGAGCGGGCCUCAGAGUUAUGCCUGUCAGAGGUGUGUCGCAGCCAGAUGCUGGUGGGAAUCCUCGGGGAGAGAUACGGUCAGGUGCCCCCCAAACCUGACCUACCAGACCUCCCACAGUACAGCUGGCUGGCCUCAGCCCCAGCAGGUCUGUCCAUCACAGAGAUGGAAAUCCGUCAGUUUCAGGCUCUUUAUCCCGACGUAGCACACCAGCGAAUGCUUUGCUACUUUAGAGAUCCGAACAUCAUCAAUUCAGUUCCUGUGGCUUGGAGAUCACAUUUUGCUCCUGAAUCAACGGACGCUGCACAUAAAAUGGCCUCUCUGAAGGGAAGACUCUUGUCCGGUGAUGUCAAGGUCACAGAAAAUUAUUCGUGUGAGUGGGGAGGCGUUGUGGAUGGGAAACCAUAUCUGAAAAACCUGGAGGACUUUGGCAACGCUGUGCUGGAGGACCUUUGGAUGGCUGUCAAAAAGCUGUUUGUCGACGAGGCUGAGGAGGCUGAGGCUGCAUCAGAGGUGUUGGAGCAGGAGGUCCACCAGGAGGCGAUGCAGAGGCAGUUUUUUGGCAGGUCGAAGCUCCUGUCUAACGCUGUGGAUUUGGUGGAGCAGGCCCAGACCAAAGGAGGGAUGAUUGUGGUGGAGGCAGGACCUGGAGAAGGCAAAACUGUCUUCAUGGCUGCUCUAGCUGAGGCCCUCAGGACUGGAGUUAAGUCCAGGAAAAACCUCGUCUGCGAUGUAAUCUCUUACUCUACAGCCGCCAGCCAAUCAGCACACUCUGUGGAAAAACUCCUUCGGUGUCUUGUUAAGUGGCUGAGAAAGAUAAAGGGCACAGAGGAGGAAUCGCCUUUUCCUCACUCGUAUAAAGAUUUGCUGUCAGAGUUUCACUCCACAUUAAGUAAUAUAAAGAGGAACAAACCUCUGGUGCUGCUAGUUGAUGGGGCAGAUCUUGUCCAGGAUGGCAGAGGUCAGGUCAGCUCUGAUUGGAUCCCACAGCAGCUUCCACGGGUCACCUGGGGAGAAAAGGGUGUCUGUUUGGUGGUGAGCAUCACGUCUAAAGCAGCUCUGUUACAAACACUAACCAAGAAAAAAGGGACGCUCCUGUUUACGCUGGGACAGCUUACCUUGCCAGACCGAAAGGAGAUCGUUCAGAAGGAACUGGAUGCAUUUGGCAAGAAACUCAGCGACUCUGCUUUCAACAACCAGCUCCAGACACUAAUAUCCAAGAAGGGAGCAGUCAGUCCUCUUUACUUGCACCUGGCUUGUGAAGACCUGAGGAACUUUGCUUCUUUUGACAAGCUGAAGGAGAGCCUGCAGGACUUGCCGCAGUCUCUGAGACAGCUGGUGCAGUACAGCCUGCAGAGACUCUGCUCACAGUACAGAGGCAUGCUGGGACUCCGCUGGGCCCUGGCUACACUCACUGUCAGCACCACAGGCCUGAAGGAGAGAGAUUUAUACUCUGUGUUGAACACAUGCAAUGAUUUGUCUUUACGGGAUGGACAAGUCACAUGGCAGGAAGUGCUGCAGUUGUCCAGAGAGCCCAAAGGACGCAUUCCUAUGGCAACCUUCACCCGCAUAGUGCAGAGUUUACAAAGUCUGAUUGGUCCAUCUCAUUGCCACAAUACUGACGACCUGCUGGCUUUAACCAAUCCGGAGGUGAAGCAAGCCUUUGAGGACUUUUUUCUCCCCACAGAAAGUGACAAAACCAGAGCUUACCUCACACUGGCAGCUCAUCUGUGGACACAAGCUGACCCUCGGGGCCAAAAUACCUUCCUUCAUUGUGAAGCCAACUCUAUCACGCACCUGCCUUCUAGCCUGAUUAAAAGUGGACAACUGGGGGAACUUUCUUUCCUGCUUUCCAGCUAUUAUUUCCUUUACGCUAAUGUGCGCCACGGCUUCCUGCACCACCUCUUUGAAACAUACAGCUGGUAUGAUAAGAACCAAGAGUCUGCACCAUCAUCUUCCAUCCAGGACGAUUUAAAGGAUUGCCGUAAUUUCUUGCGGCGUCAUGCCUCCACACUCUCCUCCUGGCCAGCUCUUUUCAUUCAGCAGGCCCUCAAUGAACCUCAAGAGACCCCCGCUCACACCUGGGGAAAAGGCAUGGUGGGCAAAGGAGGAGUGCGGGUAAUUGAGUGUCUGAACAUUGAUGGGAACAGUGAUGGUGAAGAAAAAAGCGAGCUGCUGUCAACCUUCCCCUCGGAGCCCACCUCUCUGGUUGUGAGCCAGGAUGACCAGAUGAUGGUGGUUGGUACCGGCGAGGGAACUCUACAUUUCAUCCACACGCAGACUGGACAGGAGGUGAAGUCUCUGAUCAGCAGCUGUGACGGCAUCUCGAGCUGUGUCUUCCUGAAGGACUUACGACUUGCUACCACCUCCUUUGAUGGGCGAAUAGAAGUGUGGGACAUUGAAAAUGGAUGCAGGACUGACGUUAUUGAUGGCCACACUAAUAUGAUAACAGGAAGUGAUGUCACUGCAGACAAGAAGCACCUCGCCACGGUUUCCCUCGACUGCAUGAUUAAAGUGUGGUCUUCUGAUAAAGGUACUGAAGUGUCCUCCGUGCUCAGCAGAAGCCCUAUGAACUGUGUGACCUUUGACCCUAAGGGUCACCUUCUGGCUGCUGGCUGCUGGAAUGGAAAUGUGAUCAUGUGGAACUGGCUCAAGAAUAAAAAACUAACACUCAACCUCUGGUCUGGAGGACUUGGACGUUCUGUCACUGAAUUAAAAUGUGAUGAUUGGAUGCAGGAACCACCUCUGAAAAAGCUAAAGGCUGUAACGUCUCAGCCUGCUGCUCUGUGUGUGGCUGUGAAUGGAGACUAUGUUGCUGUGGGAUACCACGCUGAUGGCAUCAAACUUUUCAGCCUCAGAUCAGGUGAGAAGAUUUGGGCCUCCGUGGACCUGGACGUGUCUGUACCGUGCAUGCUGUGGGUCAUUUUAGAAGCAGAGCAGACCGACACCGAUCUGCUGGUGUCUGGAGGAAGUGACAAAUUUCUGCGGGUGUGGAAGAGAAAACAAGAAGAGGAGGGAAUGACGGAAGUCCUGGAAAUGGUGGGAGUGUUUGGUGUGCAAUCGGGCACCAUCCAGGCACUCGCACAAAACUCCACGUACCUGGCGACAGCUUCAGAUGACUUCACCAUUGGGCUGUGGUUAUUGUCUGAUCUGACCUGUGACCCUCCGAUCCAGCCAAAUUCAAUACUGAGGGGCCACAGUGGCGGAGUCACAUGUCUGGCUUUCAGUCCAGAUGGUGCACAGCUGCUGUCUGGUGGAAAAGAUCAGGCUCUGAUGGUGUGGGAUGUGACUGCUCCUGCUGUUCGUUCUAAGACUCUGCCUCAUGCUCACCGAGACUGGGUCACAGGCUGCGUUUGGACUCCAGACUGCGUGUUAAGCUCUUCAAAUGACGGCAGACUUUGUUUGUGGGACCUUCAGGCUGGGCAGUGUCUGAGGGAAAUCUCCUGGACAAGUCCACUUACCUCUGUCUGCUGUCUGGGACAAUAUGUGAUAGCCAGCUGUGCAGAGGGGGCACUGCAUGUCUGGAAGUGGGAAACAAACACUGAAAUCUGCCAUAUUUCUGCUCACAUGAGACGCAUACACCACUGCUCUCUCCUCCCAAAUACAGACAAAGGGAAGGAAGUGAAGUCAGAAGAAAUGUCCGUUUUCACAGCGUCUGAUGAUGGCACAGUGAAAUUUUGGAAACCCUUACAGGUGGAGCACUUUAGCACCUUUCGCGGUCACAGCGGUGCGAUUCAUGGAGUCGUUUGCAAGGAAAGGGUCCCACAAUUCUUCACUGUUUCUGAAGACCGCUCGCUGCGAUGCUGGACAUGGGCAAGAGCAAGUCCUCCAAACCUGAAAGGCUCGGUCACAGCUCUGUGCUUCUGUCAAAAUGAUGACCUGCUCCUCGCUGGGUAUGAAUCUGGUUUGCUCGAGUUGUGGCAAAACAACUCAGUGGUUGGCCACAAGCAGCUUGGUGAAGGUAACCACCUACACAGUCAGUGAACCAGUGGUGCGCCUCUUCUACUGCACUGCUUUAUUUGGGGUGAACAAAACUGGAGAAGUAUUUGAUGUGGCACCCAAGAACAAUGAGGGCAGCUGGCACAAUAAAGUCAACAAUUGGCACUAUGAAGUUGAAUUUCACUGCGUGAUCCACAAUGAUAAGAAAAGCGUGUGGCUGGUGGGUGAAUCAAAGGGAGAGAUUUACAUCGGCUUCCUUUUUCCCAUGAGUCGGGAAACAUCCCUUCAAACAGCUUUCAGUGAACUGAACAUGAAAUGUGACGAGGAAGAGGAGGGGAAGAAGAAGAGGACCCUGAUAACAGCUGUGAUAAUGGA